GGUUUUUUCAAGUCAAGAAGUCUAUUCUCACAGAUGUCCUAUCCCCUAUUUUGCUUCCAAUAGUGGUACUAUAGUGACCUUUCAGCUUCUAGUUUGGCAUGUUUUGCAUGCUAGGAAUCUGCCGGUAGCAUUGCACUUUCCUAGAAGUUCACUUUAUUAAAUAAGGAAAUCAGUCUAGAUCCCUAGUCUAAAGGAUGCUGAUAAAAGACGUGGUUCUGGGGGAAGAUGCUCCAAAAGCUUUAUUGCUGGAGAAGCACAAGGAAUUCCUUCUCUCCUAUGGGAAGAAGUCUCACAUGGACUAUGAGCAUAAAAUGACAGAAUAUUUGAGGAUGUCAGGAUACUACUGGGGACUGACAGCCUUGAGUUUGAUGGGAGAUCUUGAGCAUGCGGGAAAAGAAGAGAUAUUAAAUUUUGUUCAAGAAUGUCAGAACCCAUGUGGUGGAAUCAGCCCUGCACCAGGCCAUGAUCCUCAUCUCCUCUAUACUCUUAGUGCUGUCCAGAUCCUGUGCCUUUAUGAUGCAUUGGACAUUCUUGACAAGGAAGCCAUAGUCAAAUAUGUGUCAGGGCUGCAACAAGAUGAUGGUAGCUUUGCUGGAGAUAAGUGGGGAGAGAUUGACACCCGGUUUUCCUUUUGUGCCCUUGCCUGCCUAAGUUUCGUUAAACGAUUGGAUGCCGUGAACGUGGACAAGGCUGUGGAGUAUAUCUUGCAAUGCAUGAAUUUCGAUGGUGGCUUUGGGUGUCGGCCAGGGUCAGAAAGCCAUGCGGGCCAGAUCUAUUGCUGUCUUGGGAGUCUCGAUCUAGCCAAGGGAGAUUUGCUCGGCUGGUGGUUGAGCGAGAGGCAGCUUCCCUCGGGAGGUCUCAAUGGUCGCCCCGAGAAACUACCCGAUGUCUGCUAUUCGUGGUGGGUGUUGGCCUCCCUCUCCAUGCUCGGGAGGCUCCAUUGGAUCGACCACGAUUUGCUGAGAUCCUUCAUCCUUGCAUGUCAGGAUUCAGAAACCGGUGGGAUCUCUGACCGGCCCGGAGAUAUUCCCGACCCGUUCCAUACCCUCUUUGGUCUCGCUGGUCUCUCUCUCUUUGGUGAUGAACACCUGGUACCCAUUCAUCCUGUUUUUUGUCUCCCAUAUCCAGUGAUUGACAGACUUGGCAUUCAGACUCAGUCUCUGCAUGUUGGAUGAAACAAAAUUUAAUGUGAUGCUUAAACUUAUUUGGUCAAUGUGUGAUAGAUAUGCCUGUGAAGUGAAGCCU